CCUCUCUUUCCUUCUCUCCAAACAAGCCAUCUGAUCUCAUUUCAUUCCAUCUUUGACCGACUCCAACCAAACCAAAACCCGAUGUGCUUCUCCCGGAGAUAGAAACUGAAACCCCCAAAGAUCGAAGGUUGACUCUUCUUUGCCGUAUCACUUGCUCAAGUCAAGAGAGGGUUGUUGUGCUUGUGUUUUGGGGAGUUUUCGCAGUUGGGUUUUGUGUGUUGUGUUUCAAAUCUUUGUUGGGUUGUUCUCUGUUGGCUGAUUUGGGCUUUGGGUCUGUUCUGUUUUGAGGGUUAGACUACAGACAAGGAAAAAAGUCAGAUUUGUUGUUGCUGGUUGUUUGAAGCUUUAAUUGUAUCUGGGAUUUUUGUGUUGGAGUGAGCUGAGCAAAACGGUAGCUUUUGUGCUCGAUUUGUUUGGAUUUGCUUGUCAUUGAGCUAACUCGGGUUGUGUUGAGCUUGGUUUUGGAGCUUCCGGGUGAUUUAUGAAGGUUUUACUUGUCAAGUAUGUGGAAAUUGUUUGAUGAAGUUGUUUACUGUGGUUCAAGCUUCUGCCUUUGAGCUUCAAGUUUGAAUCUUUGAAGUUCUGAGCUCUUUUUUUGAAGCUUAUGAAUGGUUUGACUUUGUGGAGGCAUUCACAGAAGGUAGAUUGGUUGGCUUUGUGAGUUUUUUUGUGUUCCUUUAAAAAAUGGAUAACUCCACGAAUAGGCAUGCUGAUCAUUUGGGGGUGAACAAGAUGGGGAAAAACAUAAGGAAGAGCCCUUUGCAUCAACCCAAUUUCAGUAACGGUACUGCUGGUGCUGCUAAUGUUGCGAAUACUGCUAGGCAGCAGCCUCAGCCUCAGGUGUACAACAUAAGCAAGAAUGACUUUAGGAACAUUGUUCAGCAGCUUACUGGUUCGCCAUCACAAGAUCCUUUGCCGAGGCCUCCCCAGGGUCCCCCCAAACCCCAAAGUAUGCGGCUGCAGAAGAUUAGACCUCCUCCAUUGACACCUCUCAAUAGACCUGUAGCCCCACCUCCGGCCCCUGUGCAGUCAGCGCCACCACCAGUUCCUUACAAUAAUGCCUUUAGGCCUCCCCAUUUUGGACAACCAUCUCCAACACCGAUGCCACCAUUUCCACAUGGAGAUUCAAUGUGGCCGAAUACAGCUGAGUCUCCAAUCUCAGCAUAUAUGCGGUACCUUCAAACUUCAAUGUUGGAUCCAACUCCGAGGGGAAACCAGCCUCAGCCGCAACCACAAGGUCCAGGUCAAAUUCAAGGACAGCCACCAUCAACUGGUUUACUUCCCCAUCCAUCCUCCAUGCAUGCGCAGCCACCCCCAGGGAUGAAUGGCCCUGUACCACCUGCACCUAAUCUCCCAUCCCCGCGAAUGAAUGGUCCUCCUCUUUUACCCUCUCCAACUUCGCAGUUCCUGUUGCCAUCCCCAACCAGUUACAACUACUUGUUAUCUCCACGGUCACCUUAUCCAUUGCUUUCACCUGGGACACAGUUUCCUCCACUGACCCCCAAUUUUCAGUUCUCACAAUCAGGGAUUUUAGGUCCAGGGCCACAAGCCCCACCUUCUCCAGGAUUUUUAUAUCCGUUAUCUCCUUCAGGGUUCUUUCCCAUGCCAAGUCCGCGAUGGAGGGGUCAAUAGGGAUCUCAGCAGUGUUAUGCAUUUUGCUUCCAUGCUUGUUGCUGAGCUCGUUUUUUAUGUAGAUUUGUCUACUUCUUCGAAGAGCUUCUCGUGUAAAAUGUAUUGUAUACUGGUAGUGUAAGAGGUCCUUUCAAUCACUUGUAGUGAUCAUUUGAUUCUGUUUGUUUAUCAUUGACACAUUCUGCAGCUAAUCCCAAAUUCUGUAACAGCUGCUAUCUUUUUUAUUUUUUUUUCAACAAGUUCAAAGUGAAGAUCAUCAACGAGGCAAGUGGAAGAUGGACAGGAGCAUAAGUAUAACAUGAAAGUCAGAAACCCCAAGUUGUAACCUGAAAGGAGGUAGGACACUUGAACUACAUAUGUAGCUCUUUAGAAAGAGUUCUUGUAAUUGUGGUAUCUAAAUUAAAUCUUAGUUUGAUGUUGAAUUCUUUUUCAAUCAGAUUUUUCAUCUUAGUUGAUUCCGAAUUUGUUGUACGUUUGUUCAAUGUAGGAUAUCUUGCUUGACAUCCACUUACUAGUUUCAGGUUUGAAAUUAAGUUAAACUAAGAUUCUGUAAUCUUAUUUGUAUUCAUUAUGUUGAAAUAAAGAUUUAUUCGGAAGAAAAAUUUAUUAGA